UUUUCUUAUCUCUUAGGAUAUUUCUUUUUCAUUUUCUUCUUCUUAAACCCAAACCCUCUCUUUUUCUCUUCUCGAAAAACCUUAUCUUCAUCUUCUUCUAUAAGCGUUGCUACCAUGUCUGCCGCUGCUUCUUCCUUAGCUCUUGCCUCCUUGGCUCCCAAAACCCUUUCUCUCUUCAGCCCUAAACCCGCUUUGCUCUCCCUUCGUUCACUCUCUCCAUCUUCUCUGAAGCUCAAUGUCAAUCUCGUCUGCGUUCCCGCCAAGGGUUUCCGUAACCUUCCUUCUCGGUUCGUACGGAAUGUUGCUAUUUCGUCUGAGUUUGACCAGGAUGAAGAGGUUUCCAGCGACGGCGGCGAACGAAAUUUCGCCCCUGACCUCAAACUUUUUGUGGGUAAUCUUCCUUUUAACUGUGACAGUGCUCAGCUCGCUGGUCUCUUCGAGAGAGCUGGAAAUGUCGAGAUGGUUGAGGUAAUUUAUGACAAAACGACAGGAAGAAGCAGGGGCUUUGGUUUUGUGACCAUGUCUUCUAUGGAUGAAGUUGAAGCGGCUGCUCAGCAGUUUAAUGGCUAUGAACUUGAUGGGAGGGCAUUGAGAGUGAACUUUGGACCUCCUCCAGCUAGGGAUGAUUCAUUUCCCCGUGGUGGAAGAGGUGGUGGUGGUGGUGGUGGUGGUCGUGAUGAUGGCAACAGAAUCUAUGUCGGUAACCUUCCAUGGAGUGCUGACAAUUCUACUCUCCAUGACUUAUUUAGUGAGCAAGGACAGGUUGUGGAUGCCAAGGUUGUUUUUGACAGGGAGAGUGGAAGGUCUAGGGGUUUUGGUUUUGUAACCUAUAACUCUGCUGAUGAGGUUAACAAUGCUAUUGAGUCCUUGAAUGGAAUUGACUUGGACGGAAGACAAAUCCGAGUCACUCGUGCCGAAGCCAGGCCUAGCCGUUCAUUUUAAAUUUUGAAUCUUAUAUCCUGGAUAAAGAAGAAAGACUAGGGUUUACAAGAGAAGAGUAUAGCUUUUGAUGUAUGCUUAUUGAUUAUCUUCAAUCUUGGUCUGUUGUUCUGAGCAGAGAAACUGGUAGCGAUGCAGCAGUAACCUGUGAUUGAUUACCAAGAGUUUGCAGAACAUAUCAACCGUGAUACAGUUGUUCCUUGGCUUAGUGGCAGAUUUUGGCCAUGGAACUACACAGCGCCUAGACAAUUUUUGUCCUUUUUUUUUUUUGGUUGAAAAGAAGUUAUAUUUGUGUGCCUAGAGUGUGUUAAACUCUCAGUUAAGCAACUGAUUUUGUAGUAGACCUUUAUUAAGUUUGCAAUAGAUUCAGUGAAAAAGUAGAAAAGGGUUAGUUACAUUUAUUUUUAUUCAAUUUGGUUAUAAUUCCGCUCCUGACCAAGAAGUGGAUUUGUCUAGUUGAGGAGUGAAAAUAUUCAAAAUACCCGGCUAUGCAUUUUUUUAUCAAAAUUAAUGAUUAUUGGAUCAA